AUGUUGUGUGAGCCGAGUGUCGACUUCUGUGUUUCAGAUCCUCAGCCCUGCUUCAACUUCGACACAAAGAACUUCAAGAUCUUCUCUGGUUCUAAGGAAAGCCAGUUUGGUUACACAGUCCAGCAGCACGAGGCAGGAGGACGCCAGUGGUUGCUGGUUGGCGCUCCCUUUGAAUCCACAGGGAAGCAGCAGACUGGUGAUGUGUACAGAUGUCCGCUGGAUUCCAGAAACUCUGCAAACUGCACCCGACUCCACCUGGGAAAACUUUCUCUGGACAACGUGUCUGAGAGGAAAGACAACAUGAGGCUGGGAAUGACGCUGACCUCCAACCCAAAGGAUAACAGCUUUGUGUGUCCUCAGACCUGUGGUCCGCUCUGGUCUCAUGAAUGUGGAAGCUCCCUGUACAGCACGGGGAUCUGCUCCAGAGUCAGCCGAAGCUUCAGACUGUCCCACACCAUCGCACCCGCCCUGCAGAGGUGUGAGACGUUCAUGGACAUUGUGAUUGUUUUGGACGGUUCUAACUCCAUCUACCCCUGGUACGAGGUCCGGGACUUUCUCAUCAACAUCCUGCAGAAGUUCUACAUCGGCCCAGGUCAGACGCAGGUGGGUGUGGUACAGUACGGCUCCACAGUGGUCCAUGAGUUCAGUCUGGGUGAGUACCAGACGGUGGAGGAGGUGGUGGAUGCCGCCAGGAGCAUCGACCAGCGGGGUGGCGAGGAGACGAGGACAGCACUGGGCAUCAACGUGGCGCGGUCUGAGGGGUUCAAGCGUGGGGGCCGGCCUGGCGCUCAGAAGGUGAUGAUUGUGAUCACAGACGGAGAAUCUCAUGACAGUCCACAGCUGCUGCAGGCUGUCACCGACAGCGAGAGAGACAACAUCACCAUGUACGCUAUUGCUGUUUUGGGUUAUUACAACCGUCGGGGAAUCAACCCUGAAGCCUUCCUGAAGGAAAUCAAGUUCAUUGCUAGCGACCCGGAUGAGAAACACUUCUUCAACGUGACAGACGAGUCGGCGCUGAAGGACAUUGUGGACGCACUAGGAGAGAGAAUUUUCUCUCUGGAAGGAACCAGCACUCAGGGUCGAGGCUUUGGUCUGCAGAUGGCUCAGGCGGGUUUCUCCUCACAUUUAGUCAAAGACGGUGUUCUGCUCGGGGCGGUGGGCGCCUACGACUGGAAUGGUGCCGUGCUGAAAGAAACUAAACAUGGAAAAGUUGUUCCACCAAAAUCCUCCUAUAAGGACGAGUUUCCAGAUGAUCUGAAGAACCACGGAGCUUAUCUGGGUUACUCUGUGGGUUCACUCAUUUCGCCUCGCGGCUCUCAGCUCUACGUUGCCGGAGCUCCGAGGUUCAACCACACCGGCAAGGUCAUCGUCUUUACUCUGAAGAACACUGGAAACCUGACCAUCCUGCAGGCACUGCUGGGAGAACAGAUCGGGUCAUAUUUCGGCAGUGAGUUGUUAUCGAUGGACGUAGACGGCGACGGACACACGGACAUACUGCUAGUGGCAGCACCCAUGUUCUAUAGCCAGGGCUGGGAGAGAGGGAAGGUUUACAUCUACACAGUUACACCACAGACAUCUUUCAUCCUGCAGGGGGCGCUGGAGGCUUCUGACCGCUCUCAGAACGCCCGCCUGGGUUCUGCGUUGACCCAGAUACCCGACAUGAACGGGGACGGGUUCAGGGAGCUGGUGAUGGGAGCACCACUAGAAGAUGACCACCAGGGGGCGGUCUAUGUGUUUUAUGGCCAGGACAAAACCAUCCAACACCAGUACAGACAGCGUCUGUCAGCAGCUGGUUUCUCUGCAGGUCUGCAGUAUUUCGGUCAAAGUCUUCACGGGGUUUUGGAUGUCAAUGGAGACGGGCUUGUUGACCUCGCAGUGGGAGCACUUGGAGCUGCCGUUAUCGUCUGGUCUCGUGGCGUGGUGCGGAUUCAGGCCAAGCUGACCUUUGAACCUGAGAAGGUCAACAUCUUUAACAAAGACUGUCAGCGAGGAGGGAAGGAGGUCACCUGCAUGUCUGUGACCGUCUGUCUGAGUCUGGACUCCAGGACAAAGACCAGGACGGAUGUCGCUGUUUGGUACAGUCUGGGAUUGGAUGAGAGGCGUUUUCCUCCUCGAGCUGUUCUGGACAAAUCAGACCGGCAGCAGCCCAAGAGUCUGUUUCUGCAGGCUGGAGGUCAGAGCUGCCAACGCCUCGGCUUCUCCAUCCAGGAGACGACUGAUUACGGACGUCCCAUUGCGGUCGUCCUUGAGACGGGGUUGCAGAGCCCAGACGAGGGGCCGGUGUUGGACCCCGACUGGUCGAGCAUCCUGAGGGCCGAGCUUCCUUUCUGGAACGGCUGUGAGCAGGAAGAUACCUGCGUUCCCGACCUCAUCCUCCACUCUCACACUGACCUCAUGGAUGUUCAGCAGUUCUGCAACUCGAGGGACCGGCCCGCCUGGUCAAUCUGCAGCCACCAGGUGGCGUCAGAGGGCUCGGUGUUUGUUGUGGAGCCCGGGCGGAGGAGGAUGGUGGUGUUUGCGCGACUGGAGAAUCAGGGAGAGAACGCCUACGGAGCUGCCAUCCGCAUCUCCACCUCCUCCAACCUCCUCUUCUCCAGCCUCAUAGUCAAGGACCAAUCAGAUAUCCAGAUAGAGUGCUACUCUGACGACAGACUGGCCAAUCAGAGGAGCUGUAACAUCAGCGCGCCGUUCAUGAAAUCCUUGUCCCAGGUAUUUUUCCAUCUGGAGUUUGAGUUCAGCCGUUCUGUCUUCCUGGAUCAUGUGCGGGUCGUCAUGGAGACCAGCAGUGAGGGAGAAGAGGGAUACCCGGACGACAACAUCAACGACAUCCUCCUCCCUCUGAAGUACCAAACUGACCUCCUCUUCACCAGAGACCCCAACACUCCUCGCUUUGAAAUCAGAGCAGACAGCUCAUCUUCCUCCUCCUCCUCUUCAUCCUGGGACCAACCAGUCAGCAGCUCUCCCACCUUCAACCUCACAUAUUAUAUCCAGAACCUGGGCAUCUUCUCAGUGCAGGACGUCCUGUUCAGGGCUGAUAUCUGGGCCGUGACCAGGCAAGAAAACCAGCUGGUGAACAUCACAGACUACAGCAUCGAGCAGCAGGUAGCUGGGUCUCACUGCAUGCUGCCUCAACCCAGAACAACCAAUCAGGUUACAGCCGAGGACCUGUCUCAGCUGUCACAGCUGAACCACAGUAACAGUGUGAGUCUGGCGGUCAGGUGCAGACUGAACCUGCCGGCCUCCAGAGAGCUGAAGGUGACGCUCAGAGGACGACUCCAGAUGCCUGCUCUCCUCGCAGUGAGCUUCAGGUCCUUGGAGUUACUGACUGCUGCCUCCAUCCAGCUGGAAGCGUCCAGUCCCAUGUUCCUGCAGGAGGACCGACCGUUCCGACAGAUAAUCCUGGAGCUGAGGAAGGAGGAGGAUUACAUCAUCCCCAUCUGGAUUAUACUGGGGAGCUCACUGGGAGGCUUGUUGCUACUGGCCUUACUGGUUCUGGCCCUGUGGAAGCUCGGCUUCUUCAACAGACGGAGGAGACAGGAAGAGGAGGAGCAGCCAGUAGCCAAUGGGAAGGCAGCAGAGGAGCUAUAAUGUGUUCGCUCGGUCCUCGCCAACUUGUAAAGUCACAAAAUGUGUCUCGAGUUCUGUACCUGUGUGGUUUUGGUCACAGAACUCAGACAUAAAGACAUAAAGAAGUUUGUUAGCA